AUAAUCAUUAUUUUAGCUCUAUGUGUGACUGUUGGAUGUUGUGAAGAAUUUUAUAAAAAAAUGGGAGAGACUGUGACGAUGAACUGUGGCAAGGAAGCACCGAGCGCUGAUAUAGAGUGGAAACACAACAAUGUCCUGGUCAUACGGAAGACUGGCAAAACCGGACGAUUGGGCAAAGUCUUUGCAAGCCCUUCACAUGUGCUGGUCUCCACUGAGGCCAAGCUGAGUUGUGACAUUAAAGGAAUGACAGCACAGUUUAAGUGGACAGGACCCAAUACAUUACAGUACGGAACUGACAAAGAUGUGACCCUGAAAGCAGUGAGGUCAGAUGACACUGGACACUGGAGCUGCCAGAUAAUGGAUAAUGGAAAAGAGAUCAUGACGCUCGGAGUGGAUCUCACUGUUGUUGGUCCUCUGAUUACCACAAAGGAAAUUAGGGUUAAUCCAGGGAGUGAUGCAAUGCUGCCAUGUAUUCUACCCAACUUGGGCCGUCUAAGUAUAGUGGAGGCCGGGUGGACACGUGACCCCCCUACUGAUCUGCACUUAAAGACAACAUCAACCGGUGGUCUGAAGUGGAAUAGCACCUCUGACUUCAAGACCAGGUUCACUCUCAGUGACAAACCACUCAGCACCGUCUUUAAUGUCACAAUGAAAAAAGUGGAACAUGCUGAUGCUGGGAUGUACGUGUGCACUCUGGUGUUUGAGGGUGGAAAAAAUCUAAAUGCUACGUUGAAUGUGGUGGUUGAAGGUAAAAGAGUUUCUGAUCCUAAGGUAAAAUCGGCAAACAAUGACAAAGGAAUUUUACAGAAGUCUGUGCUGGGUGUGGGAUUGUGGGUCUGGAUUGCCGUUGGAGGGUCUUCUCUACUUUUGAUUGGCCUGGUUGUGGUGAUUGUCCAGAUGCACCGCAGGAACAAACGGAUAAAGAGGCAGAUUAGAAAGAUGAAGUCAACGCGGCAGUCCCUUGAACCCCGGAAUUACUGCCAGUGUGACAGGCCCGCAAAGCAACCCAGGGCUGGCAAGGGAGUGAGACCUCCUCCACUUCCUCGCCAACAUUACAACGCUUUAACCGACUAACAUGCCCAAUGGAUGAUGGAAAAGAGGAUCAUUAUGAAAUGCUGAUCAACAAUUUCACAUUUUUAUUUCUGUGAUUACUCUUUGAUUUUACUUUUAUUGCUUAUAUUUGAUUGUUUUUAAUUUCUUUUUUAUGGG